AUGGCUGCCAGCAUACUCCGCUUGCCGACGGAGCUCUUGUUGCGCAUCGCAACAGAAGCUGGCGUGUCAGCGUCGUGUGCCCUAGAAGCUACAAGUCGAGAUCUGCUUGCAGUUCUAAGACUGCACGAGGACUAUGUCUGGCGCAUACAUGCCAUCGAGCUUACCCGAGAGCUGGGAGACCCUGGAAGCACGAGCAAUGCCAAGUCGAGCACUUGGCGCAUUAAUGAAGUCGACAGCCUGGAUCAGCUGGUCAAGAUGCGUGAGACUCAUGAUCUCUCCACAUGGUCAGUCGUUCGCUCAUGGAGGGAAUAUGGUGAGCUUCAAAUUGUCUCGUUCAUUUGUAAGCGAUCGAGUUGUAGACUGAAAAUUGCUGCUGCCACACAGCCCAAGUACACAUCGCCACGGAACGCAAUUGGUUGACCGGUGAGCCUCGCGUGAAAGCUACGCUGCUACCAACGGAUCCUCCCGGCCCGCCUUCCCCUAUAAAUUGCCAUCUUUGGCGCUUCAGGCCUGACUUUGAGGAGCGCUACGUCAUCUCCACGAGCAUAACUCUUCCUGGCCAUCAUUUGGCGGGCGCGAUCACUAUCGUGGACCUGGAUACAGGGGUGCUGCUAUCGUCGGUCGAGACGCAUUUCCCGUACCAGCACCUGGAGUAUGAUGCUCGUGGGAAGGCCUUUGUUGUUAGUACUGGAGGCGAUGGCUUGCAAGUAUGGCGACGCACCCAAGCCGGUGGUACGGAUGCAACAGGAGCAUUUCAGACACCAGCUCCUCAUCAUUUUGGCCUCUCACCAAACUCUGGCUUAGUCACGGAAGUUGGGCCGAAAUGUCCAUCUGACCGACAGGUCUGCUUUCAGCGCACUGACAUUCUGCCGCACGACAAGCGUGUUAGAGGGUUUCAUCUCAGAUGGCCGUAAGUGCAUCUUCGGACACUUCGUCAGAAGGAAGACAGCUCACUCUCGUUCACACACGCCCCGAAGUAUCCUAUGCGUCGUAUCGGACGAAGGCAUAGGGUGGAUCUGGAGUGAGUAGACUCGAAACGCUUCCGAGGCUAGCACUCGGCUGACCCUCGCCAGGUCAACUCUCCCUCUCUCCCUUUCUCAGACUUGGAAGAAAAAGCAUGCUUACUGAAAACGCUCAAGAUCGCUGAGAAUGCAGUGGGUCACCUCGAGCAAGAUGACGAGGUGGUAAUGUUUGCCAUGAGUGAGUCUUGACGUCACUCGUCGUCUGUGCUUCACCCGUAAGCUCAGUCGCUUUUCCAGAUCACGGCUACGAUGUCUAUGUCAAGGACACUGGCGCCCUACUUGGGACGCUUGACGGAAGAAAGCUGGCUCAAGAGGGCGCGAACAUCUAUUCUUUGAGGCGUGCGGCAACAGCAAGGGACGACUUUGACCCGUCCCCUUCCGCUCGCGCAUUUGUGCAGGAGCGACCGUGGUGCAUCGCAGACCAACACACAUCUCUCAAACUCGAACAUGGCAACCUCUGUCCAAGUGAGGACUUUGGAAGUCACGAAUGGCGUGCUGGUAUGAUCCGUGGCAGCACGAUUGUUGGCAUCAGUAUGGGUCAAGAAUUGCUCAUUUGCUCCGACUGGAAAGCCUACUUCAGCGGUGGCAAGCGGGCGAACGACUGCGUUGCACUCAUCCAGUGCACUCGACCAUCAUCUGGCGAAGGUGGGUCAUCGUCCACAUUGUGACGGAGUAGGCGCCACAGCAGCGUUCUUGGCAUGCACAAAGAGCUGAUGCCUGGCAUCAUGCGUUCCAUACAGAUGAUCCAGAUCCAGACCGAUGGUUGACGGCGGCGCACGGUCGCGCGGCUUGGUCCAGCAUGUGAGCUUUGAACUUCUAGAGCUAGUCACAUCGGCGGUAGCGACCACGGCUGACUUCUCUCGUUGGUAAUCCAUCAGGGGCUCGACAUACAUUCUUCCACUGCCAAAGAAGGGCAGACUACCGUCGGCUGGUCCGGACAGUCGCUCAGUGCACUGCUUCCCCAACUCGAUGCCACACAGUCGUAAUACGCGAGUAAAUCGUCAUACUAAGAAGCCCUCCCCAAAGUGCUAUGCUCACGAUGCCUUAAUUCCUCGCAUUUCGCAGUAUGAUGAUGAGCUGCAUGCAUCUUACUAGUGACGGCUUGCUUUCUAAGUUCAUGACCCACUGGAUGUGGCGAGGGAGAGGGGGGGCCAUGGAUGAGGAAGAUCACCCGUCUAUGUUCGACCGGACAGGCAUAAGGUCCAUCAGCUUUGGAUGCGCAGUCGAGACUCGCGACUCGAGCCACAACAGCGAUCGCAGCGCGAGCAGGGAAGCAGCAAAUGAAGGCAUGGAUCGGGUGCGUAGCAUCAGCUGUGUUUGAGAUAGUAUGAAUGCUGCUAACGCUUCAAGGGUUCAACAGAGCGCUUUUGAGGGUUGGCACGAGAGCCAGCAGUACACUUCGCCGACGCUACGUGGAGGCGAUCCGGUGUGA